AUGCACUUAGCAGCGUGCUAAAUAGACAUGGUAACAGGUAGGUUGUUGGUUUAUUGUUUGAAUAAUCAACUUAUAAUUACAGCUGACAUGUAUUUUCAGAUCAACAGAAAUGCCUAUAGAAAGUGCAGAGCCGGUGACUCACACGGUUGAGCAACCAAGCCUAUCGCAAGCUACGUCACCAUUACAAGAUAUGCGAAUUUACCCACAAGAUGUCGGUCGACUGCUACAAGAAGAAAUCUACCAUGAAGCUUUAUCCUAUGGUUCAAGAUUCGACCCAGCUGAUAUUGGAUUUAAUGAUCUGGCUUAAGUUUAUUGGCAUUGGAUGUUUAUUGGAGAAGCGGAAGAAGCGACUUGAUUUAAAGAUCAACUGAAGAAGCUAUUAAAAGAGAAAUCGCAUUCCACACCAAAUAAAAUCCAAACGUUUGCUGACACUAUCAAGGGUAACGGUAGAGAUAUGGAAGCAGUUUUGUUUUAUCAUAUCGCUGCCGAGUUUUAUGGAAAUCAAUCAAAAGCAGGUUUGAUCGGGAUAAAGAACUGCGCAAAUGGUAUCAAAGAAUCGAUCGAGGCAAUGUUAUCACGUAACAAAGAAUUAAAAUCGAUCAUUCGAACCCACGUGAUUCCACUGAUGCAUGACAUGCGAGAAAUGAUUCGACGAUCUGUUGACGUUAAUGAGAAAGAUCGCUGUUUGUGGGAAGUUUGGUGUUUGCAUCGGAUCGAACGCAGUGAAGGUUUAGUUGAUAACUUUAGUGGUUGCGAAAAAACUAUAAAAGAAGCAAUCGCUAUAAUGGAGAGGGUGUUCCAGCAGGGAGCUGCAACUUAUUUAGUGUACGGACAUUUUUUGAACAAUCUCGGUUACACGUAUGAACAGACUUCCCGCCCAAACGAUGCCUGCGAAUAUUUCCGCAAAGCUAUUGCAGCCUACGGGAAAGCUGAGGAUAUCGACGAUGAUCUAAGAGCCAAAUGGGUUUCCAACAGCAUUCAGUUCCUGAAGGAUGCAAAUCGUCAAAUACAAUAACUUCGUCACAACUGUUCGUUUUGUUAUAAUUAUCACAAUGAAUAUCGUUACGUCAUUAACAAAUGUUAAUAUGUUGUAUUUAGUGUAUAUAUAUAACAUCAUAAUCGACAUCAUUGUUUCGCGUGGUAUUAUCACAGAUGAAAAGGUAUUCUCUCAUAUUGAUAG